GCACUGUCUCUUGAGGAGCGACCGUCUUAGCUCCUCCUGGAGAGACAACAUCCUCAUCAUCUCCAGCACUCUUGGGGCGACCUGGCCAGAGGCAGCACGCAUCUAUCUCUCCCUGCAAGUAUAAACUAACUUGUGAAAAUGUCGAAGAGUGAAGCCACCCUCGGUCUCCUUAACCCAGACUUCACAGUGAAGAAGACGAAUCGACGAAGGAACACUGGAUGCCAGUUCUUUAUCAUGGGUAUUGCAACUACUCUUUCUGUGGCAUCUUUGGCAAUUGCCAUAUACCAGGCUGCAUCAUCACAUCGAACUGUGCACAUUACUUCAGAACAUCGGGCAAAGGCAUGGCCAUUGCCUCCACCCCAUGAAGAAGUGACCAAAGUUGCAAGAUAUGUUGUGCAUACCUCAGAAUGGGCGUCUAUAGCAACAAUCUCGACUGCUUUACCCAUUGAAGGCUUCCCAUUUGCCAACAUAAUAAGUAUCAGUGAUGGCCCUGUGAAUCGGUCAAGUGGCACUCCAUACAUGUAUAUGACCCGAAUGGAUCUAAGUGGAAAGGAUUUACUUAAAGAUACCCGGGCUACAUUAUCAUUUUCUGAGGCUCAGUCUGAUUAUUGUAAGAAUCAGGGUUAUGAUCCAGAGGACCCACGAUGUGCUCGUGUCCUACUUAGUGGCCAAAUAAUUGAAUUAAAAAGGGGAACUGCCGAGGCAAGUUUAGCCCAGAAUGCUCUGUUUACAAGGCACCCAGUAAUGGCAACUUGGCCUGCUGGUCAUAAUUUUUUUUUCGCAAAGCUGAACAUCACGCACAUAUAUGUUCUAGAUUUCUUUGGUGGUGCAUUUGAGGCAGAUGUCGAUGAAUAUUUCAAGACUGACCCAUUUGCUUAGAUAUGCAUGAAUUAGUUUGCUUUGUAGUGUAGCUUAAAAAAAUAUAUUUUUCAAGUACUGUAAAUGGGUGAAAUGUUGGUAUUGAAAGUACAGGCUGGAAUAUUAAUACAGUGAUUGAUUUUCAUUAAUAAAUUUGCAUUAACUUUUUAUCACUCGAACAAAAUACUAUAGUGAUGUUUAUUAUAUUUUGCAGGACAUUUUUGGGGAAUCAAUUUACUUGUAUUUGGAUGUUGAUUCUAGUUAUUUCGUUAGUAAAUAACAGUAACUAGUAUUACUUGGGGUGAAGCAUAUAUAUUAUCCAUGGUUUCCUAAUAAUGGCUAAGGUUUGAGUAUAUGCUGUGAUAGUUGACAUACCACAGGUCAAAAGCAUACAGAGUUGGCUGCUGCUUACAUUAAAUUAAUAAAUUGAGUACCAUGUUGUCAUGGUUUUAUAUUGUUACUCUGGACAUUUUAAAUAUCAAUAUUGUAUUAAGGAAUUUGUAGUUGCUUUUGCUUCUUGUAAUUCUCGGUUAAAUUUCCGUUUGUAUUUCAUAAAAUUUGAAAUAUGAAAGAAAUUUUUAGUGUGAUGUGUUGCACCAAGAAUUAAAAUAGGAUAGGUGAACAGUAUAGUUGGUGUUAGAUGUUGAAUGCUACACUUUUCUUAAAUUUUCAUACAAAGUCAUUUGUUCAUGGGCCAAAUCUUGGGAAGUAUCCUGUUAUAGUAGCAUUCCUAGUCUUGUCUACAUAUAGCUGAACUUCAAUGGAACAGCAUGCCAUGUACCUUAACAAUGAUGAUAAAUACAGCCGAGACUCUCUGUAUUUGAGAUGCUGUGCUGAAAGUAAUAAGGACCUUGAAAGAUGGUGCAUCCUCCACUAUAAUUAGCUUCGGGAUUCCGUACAAGUGUUUUAUAUACACUUCAAUGGCGUGUAUUAUAGGACCUUACACUGUGCUUAUCUAACUACUGUAUACUUGCCUGUGUGUGUUAUAGCUCGGUCAUACUUAGCCUUUUCUUCCUCGAUAUAUUCGUUAGUUUAGAUUAGAUUAUUGGUGUUUAAAAUAAUGUAAGAAGCAUAUACCUGUACUAGGGGGAACUUGCAUUUACAGUAAUUUAGAUCAAGGUAAUUCAGACAAUCAAAUUAUAGAUGCACUAACAAAUUUGCCAAAUGUGUUACAUAUCGAAGUGUUUAUUGUUGGUGCAUUUAUAACUUUUAAUAUUAAUAAUGCAAAUAUAAUAUUUGCAUUAAUAUACAGUAAAUGUAAAUAUUAUAUUAAUCUCUAUGUAAUAUUUGCAACUCUUACUAUUGUAUUAAAUUGAUCUGAAGAGUUGUUCAAAUGAAGUCAUUGAAGCAGUGUAUCAGUGGUGUGCAUGCUUUAUUCUUGCAUCCCAUCCUUCUCUAUUUGUUUUCAUGAAAUAAACUAUUUGUGUUCAUGGAAUUUGUGUUCAUUCAUGUUCAUGCAUCUCUAUUUGUGUUCAUGGAAUAAAACCAUACACGGUAAGCAGAAGCAGUGUCACAAUAACGUGGGUUUAAGAUGUGGAGACUAAACCACACACCAGAAAAUGAGGAGACUACGACGUUUUGGUCCGUCCUGGACCAUUAUCAAGUAGAUUGUGGUCCAGGUUUGCGCAUAACAAUCGACUUGAUAAUGGUUCAGGAUAGACCGAAACGUCAUAGUCUCCUCAUUUUCUGGUGUGUGGUUUAAUCUUCAUACGUUGUAAAUGCUGUUAACUGGAAAUAAAAUCAUUGGAAAUGUACUGUUUGACAUGAAGAGCAUUGAUGGUUGCUGAUGGGUUUGUGAAUGUGCACAAAUUUUAUGCAUUUCUACUUUGUGAGAAUAAGGCCACAAUGUUGCAAUUAGAAAAAUAUGCUUAGAGUAGAUACACAACUUUGGGGGGAAAACAAAAAUGGCUGUGAAUACUAUCUAUACCAAUGAAUCUAUAUUUUAUACCUUGAAUAAGUUUAUUCUAGGCUGUUGGUUGUUAAAUUGUGAAUUGUUAAAAUAGGAAAAUUGUAAGUAGCACUACUAGUCUCUUGAGCCAUGAUUAAGUACAAGUAGUAGCUAUUUUGUUCAGCAAUUUUGUACUGUGGUUGUGCAUCAAUUUUCCUCUUUUAGCUGCUUUGGCUGUGAUGUAAACAUUUACAAAUGUUAGAAUAUGCCUAAAAAUGUUAAUCUAUUAUCCAUGCUAGUUAAAAUGCUUCCCAACUAGAUAAUUAUGGAUAUACUAAACUCUGCAAGUGAUAUGUUGUAUUAUAAUACUGUACAUGUCAACUUAUUUUAAUGCUGAAAUGGUAUGAAGAAAGUUUUAUAAAAUUAAAUGUUUUCGGUUACUCUUGACCAAAAUUUUUAAAAUUUUCAAUUGCUUGCUAAUUGGAAAACAAUUAGCAACAUUAGAACAUUUUUUUAAGUUGUAGGCAUCUUGCUUUGGCUUGCAUAGGAAAUUGAUAAGCAUCAAAACUUUAAAUUUUGAUAUUUAUAAUAAAAUAAAAUAAAAUAAAUGAUAAUUAUACAGUUCCCAAUUUCUUGGAGGUGUGGCAGAAUGAUCCUGAAGAUGGAAUUAUUGUAUAAAGAUGACUUUUCUAUAUAUAACAAAAUUGGCUUAUAUCUUCCCAUAUCUUGCAUAAUGCACAGCAUUCUAGAAAGUAAAUACCAAUGCUGUUCUGAUUAACGAGUGCUAUAGUCUUUUGAUGUUUGUUUAACACGGUGUUUAGGAACUCUAAGGACCUUGUAAGAAGUAUCAAGUUGGAAAAGUUACAGGAAUAUUUGUGCCUUAAGUGAACAUUUAUUUGAAAUUAACUUGUAAGCAAAGUUUCCCUUAUCUAUUUUUGUUUUUGGUUUUCAGUUUGUCUAAAAGCAUUGUCAAGGGUGAAAUUGUGAAAUAUAUUUUUAUCUACUGACCACUAAAACUAGCAGAAGUUGUGUGAUUUUUUAAUGUUUUGAAGUGAUAGUACAGUUCAAAAUCAUGUUCUUAGUAAAUAAAAUAUAUUCUGUAUGCUGUAAGUUUGAUUCACACAAAUAUUCCAUUAAAUGAAAUAUUGAACAUGCAAAAGCAGCAAUAAUCUCUUGCUGACCAGACUGUAAAGUCUGGUUAGAAAAUGGAUUUGCCAAGUGUGUAGGCCAAGCAUCCCGACUUGCCUCGGUGAGGCAAUGUACUGUACAUACUCGGUAUGUACAGUAUGGUGGCCUGUUGAGGACAGGAAGCCUGUAUUUAAGCUUAUUGAGGUCUUAACUUGGCCAACUUACUGACCAUUCCCAGGAUGCAACCCACAAUAGUUGAUUAACUCCUGGAACUCUAUUUAUUACCUGGUGAAAUGGCAGCAGAUAAAAGGAAACAUUGUCGUUAUGUACGUUCCAUGCUUGGAGGUGUUAAUAAAUUCAUCCUGGUUGUGUAAGACUGUUGGUAUCUCUAGAUGGUGCUACAUAGCCUUCCCGGCUUGGUGCCUUCUUUGAUAAUUACUUACUUAUUGGUACGGUAUCUAGUAUUAGGAAAGGGAUAGUUUGGACAGCUUUUGUGAAAAUGUGUAAAAUCAUAUAAUUUAUACAAAUUUAAAUUGCUAGACUGUUAAAAUAGCAUGGAAACGUUACCUGUAAUUUAAAAGGUAAACAUUAUUUAACUUUGGAGGUGGACAAUUUUUAAUUUACUUUUGUCCAAAGUCUUGACAGUGGAAAACAGCUCUGGCAAGGUUACAUAUUGGCCAUACACGUUUAACUUGCGGGCACUAAAUGAAGCAUUGCUCUGCCUCUUAUUGUCCAAACUGCAUUGUCCCCUCUUAAGUCGUGCACAUCCUUGUUGAAUGUCCAGACUUUCCAGGACAUGCUUGCGUCUGGUGAAUCGGUGAAUCGAAUACAUUUGACAUCAUUCAUCUUGUGCACUUUUGUCCUUGUAUUGACGUCCUUUAGUGAUAUUUAGCGCCCUAUGAAUAUCCCACACAUUUGAUGGUGCUACAUUGCCUUCCCGGCUCGAUGCCUUUUGAUAAUUACUUACUCAAUGAGUUAAACAAGUAUUUACAUUUUGUAAGUUAUUUUUCCAAAUGUAGUGAUAUAUUUUACUGUAUGCAAGAUUAAACAAAUAUGAAUGUUGGUCGUUUAUUUACUGGGCAAUAAUCACUCCCAAAAAGUAAAAUACCUAUAUUUAUUUAUUUAAAAAUGUAUUGGUUAAUUCCCUGUUGCUAGUCUGGUAAUUUCUUGGUCAAUUAUAAAAGGUGUUCAGGUAACCUUACAACGGAUUAUAGGCAUGCACUAAAAACUUGAGGCAUAUUUUUUGUAACAUUUUUGCCAGUGUAACAAAAACAAUGUAAAUGUAUGCAGAUUUGGAUAAGGGUAAUGCUCAUGGUAAAAAUAAUUAUAUGGACGUUAAGGAAAGCAAUAGUGAAGAUAGAGAGGAAGAUUGUUAACUGUGGUAAAGAUAAUACCUGUACUGUAGUAAUGGCAGUGAGCUUCGACACCCUGAUCCCUGAGGAAUUGUGGAUUUAUCAGUAACAAAUGUGAAAGUAAUUCAUAUUGUAGCACCUGGGUAGUUGAUUUCCUAAUUGCUUGUACCUAAAAUUCCCCCUUUUGAUAAUUACAUGCCCCUGAAUUUUUAAAAAUUUUGCUUUACAAUUCUACUGUAAAUCACUUAAUUGAAUUGGCCACCAAAUGUAGUUUCCCAUCAUAUUACUGUCCUUGGUAACUAUAUUCAAAAUCUAGUAUACCCUGAUGAAAUCUCUCGCCUUGCUCUCCUGAGUACGCUCCUAUAUUCUCCUUGAAUUUAUCAUGAUAAGCACCAAGGAUAUGGACUUGAACAACCUGCAGCCCAUUAUACAGUACUUAAGUUCACCAGUCCAACCAGCUGCACAUAGUUUUCAUGUCUGUAAUUGCCCAGGAAGCCCCAAAUCACACUUUCAAAACUCUGUUCCAAGCCACUGUCUCCUUCUUAAUAAGCUGCUUGGGAAAUUCCUUGCUCUCCAGAUCAUCUUUAUCUGUGGUGUGACGAAGACACCACACCUUUGUCUCGGACAGCUUUGGGAAGAAGUCGUGAAGACUGCAGAGUCCUUAUCUAGAGCUGUGACAAAACUGUUUCACAAGACCCAAUUUGAUGUGCAGUGGUGGCAUCUGCAUCAGAGGAUCCAAUGGUGGCUCCCGCUUGUUUCUUCCCUACAGAGAACUUGGUCUGCUGUGGCUGGUCCCACCUGUGAUGCUCCUUAGUGUCCCUGCUGUCCCAAAGGCAAAAAUAGCAGGGAUGCUUUGUAAAACUGUCUUGGAGAAACCCAUUAAAAAUGCUACCAUUUUAGUGUCUGUUGACCUCCCAGCCAUACUCCUCAUACCUAGAGGCGUCCAGUAGUCAUAAAAGUCAAGUUUGUGGAGAAUAAUAGUCAUUGUCUUUGGAGUCAUAAGCAAUUAGGAAAUAACACCACCCAGGAGCAAAAUGUCAGUGAUACAAUAUAAUGUGUAAAUAAACUGUCAGACUAGAAUGGAAAUAAUAAGCAGCAGUAAGAAUAGUUUAAAAUCCAUGAAAAUAAAUGAAGCAUUUGAAGAGUACUGUACAAUGGCCGCUCUUGAUACUAGAGAAGAGUAUUGACAUUAUACUGACAUUGUUAGCCUGCAACAAUUAAAGACUGACUACUUGUAACCCACUCGCAAUAAAUUAUUAAAAUUUGUCAUAAUUUUAGAUUUGUAAACACUUGUAUGUUAGAAAAUCACUACAUGAGGACCUCAAAAAGAUGAAACUCUAAAAAGCCUUGUUUACUGUAACAUGGAAGAAAAUGAUUUGACUUUGGAUAACUAUUUUUAAUAUUCAGUCAGCACAGACCUCAACAAAGCCUAGGAACAAACGAAACCAUAGGUUCAAAAGUAGAAGAGUUAAUUAAAUGCGCUCAUGAAUUUGCUCUUCAUCCUCACAUCCCGCCUCUAGUCUGUACUCACAUCCCAGAUCCUAUAUACAGUAUAUCCUGGCCUCAACCCUUCCUUCCAAGUGCUCAUCCCUUGCUCGACAUUUUCUCUUCACAAUUACCAUACACUUCCCUUAAUCUCCCUUCGAAAUUUAGAUUUCUAGUGUUAUUAACUAGUUAUUCUUUGUAUACUCUCAAGCGAACUGAAUUCCUUUCUGCAGUGUGCUCAAAACUACUGCAUAAUUAGUGUAUGGUCUCACAAGGUUAAGAUACAGAUGAAGGAUAACAUUAGUUUUAUUUGUAACGUUUCCCGAUAUGUACACAAUAUCACUUUAUUGAUCUUAGGUUUUAGAUCCCUACUUAUAACACUGUGUAACUUUUUGUAUUGGUCUCUGGAUACAGUGGGCAGCAAGUUUGAUUUUCUAAAUACUUAUGCUUCCUAAGUUUAGAAAAUAAUUUGUAAUUCGAUUCGUCGGGGACCGGAAGAACUAAUAGCUUAUGGAAGAUGUCUUGAAGACUGGCGACUCCUUACUCGAUUGUGACAAAUUGUAACAACUUUGCACUUGAAGUCUGCAACCUCCAAUAGAUCUUCCCAAAGCUGUCUUAAGCAAAGAUCAAAGUAAAGCUUGGGAGUUAUAAUAGUCAUUGUCUAUAAUUUGGAAUGGAAUAUAAUAAGGAAUGGAGGAGAAAAACAACACUAUUUAGGAACAAAAUUAGUUACAUAGCGUAAUUAAUCUAUGAUCCUCGCAAUUUCACUAUUAUUUAUAUGCUACCUGUUAUUCUGAUACUACUUUUUUUCUUUUCGAAACUUAGUCAAAAUAAAACGUUUCGCGUU